GUGGGCGGAACUGGACGCUGACACCCAAUCAAGUCACACGUACGUUGCAUAGUAUUCUGACCGUCACAAACAUGGCGUUACGGGAGCUAUCGUCGCUGGAGAAAUAUUUAGGGCUUAAAAAGCCAAACAAGUACAGCACACAGGGGGAUAAAAAGGUGCCUGUGUUACAGAGCAGCAAUGGUCCUCCGCUGUCGGGCCUGGUGACCAUUGCCUGUCACCUGGUGAAAGAAGCCAAGCGUCCAGAGCUGCUGGGUGAAUCUGCCGAGAGCAGGGCCGUGGUGCAGCAGUGGCUUGAGUACACGGUCACCAAGGUGAACGGCAGCACGAGAGAGGACGCUAAGGCCAUCCUGAAGGACCUCAACCUAUACUUGCAGGAUAAAGUCUACCUGGCUGGAAACCAGAUCUCCUUAGCUGAUAUUCUCUUGUAUUAUCAAAUCCAUCCGCUAAUUUUGGACUUGUCUGUUCAGGAGAAGGAGCAGCACGUCAACGUGACGCGGUGGUUCGACCACAUACAGCACUACCCCAGCAUCCAACACCACCUCCCCGUCAUCGCUGUACUCAGGAACAGAAUUUACACCAGCAGGCACCACUGAAACCGAAACUGCUCCAAACCAGUCCUCUCAGGCUCAUCUGUCUUUAACCUGAUCAAAUUACUUCCUCAUCUCCCAAGAGUUGUUCACAUCAUCAUUAUUGUUUCCACAUUGUCAUUUGUAUUUAAAAUGAUCCUGUUCUGACUAUUUUUAGAUUCUGUCUACAGCUGUUAACUGAUUUCAGCUGAUUUCUUUUUUUUUUAAUCAUAAGUAAUUUAAAAACGUCUUAAAUCAAUUAAGCAGUUAAACAAUUCAGGUACCUGAACUUUUUCAGUUUGGUAUUAUUAAUAGAAAUGCCUGUACUUAUCAUCUGACAUCAAUAAUUAUGCUGUAUUGUCCAGUGUAGCCGGUUGAAUUCUGAGGAUUAGGAUGCGAGGUCAGUUGUAAAUGUCACACUAUUGAUAGUGCAGUUUGGUGUCUGUUACAAUGAUGUUUUGUGCUGGUGACUAAUGCGACUUUUGUCUACAAAGGUCUACAUUUGUUAGUUGACAUUUAAAGGGAAACCAGGAUUGGUUACAUUGAUAUGAAAUGCAAGUGCUGCUAGCCUGAUGUAUUUAUUAAAAUAUUGGAGAUUUCUGAUGUGGGCCUUAACACACCUUAAACAUAAUACAGGUUCAAACAUGACUUAACAUGUUAUGUAACGCACAGCGUGUUUUUCCUCAGGAGAAACGGCUUUCUUCAUACCAUAAUAAUGCAUUUCCUCACAAUAAUGUACCCAAAUAAAUGUGGUUGCUGGCUCAACAUCAUAACCCAAAAUGA